GUUAAUCCAUUUCUCGAUACAGGUCUUUGCGUGAAUCCUUUUUGGUUUCAUCUCUAGCUUUCCGCGGUUUUCGAAAGCCACUGUCACUUGCAUCCAAUUCUUUGCUAAACCAACUCAUCCGCUACUAUAACUCGCUUGGUUCAGCCAACUUCUUACCGCUCUCUCCGCCUCUCACCAUCAUCUCAUAUUCUCACCGUUCCUUGCGAGCAUAAAUAAACUCUUUGAGUCCUCAUCAACUUUUACCACUUUUCUACCACAAACAACCGACAUCAUGCCUCCCAAGCGAAUCCGUUGCACUGCCGCCACUUGCCGCGAGCCUGCUCAGCGCAUCGUUGGCGACUGUACCUUUUGUCAAGGUCACUUCUGUGGCAAGCACCGUCUACUAGAAGACCACAAGUGUACCGGUCUCGAGGAUUGUAAGAAGCAGUCCUACGAGCGCAACGCCAUACAACUUGAGUCGGAGCGAACCCAGGUUAUCCGGGGCGUGUAAACCGACCAACGAGAAUCACACAUAGUCUUUUAACAGAUAUGUGUUGGACUGGAGACUGGCGUCACUCCUCAAAUUCACGAUGCGCAACUCUGACGGCCACCACGACGUAACGAUGGGAUUGGGUUUCGACACAAGCAUCUGCAUGAGAUGAGAUGCAGGGCGUUAUUCGCCAUUGUAUAUUUCUAUUUCACCAGUUGAGGGUGCGACGGCGUACUGGAUAUGCUUUGAGGGGCAUAGUUCCCUAUUCUAGCGGGGUCUGCAUUAAAUCAAUUCAUCACAAUUCAUUACUUACCAUA